UGGUUUUUUCCUAGGGAGAACACAACCUUCUCAAGUUGUCCUUCCUCGAUCUCUUCCUUCCUUUCUACUUAAGCUAAAAGAAUCCCAUCUGUGUGCAAGGAAAAUGAACAACCUUGGGUGUUGCAGCAAGUUCCUUGAGAGUUCAAAACCGUACUUUGCCAUGAUCUCUUUACAGUUUGGUUAUGCCGGCAUGAAUAUUAUAACAAAAGUGUCACUUAACCGUGGUAUGAGCCACUAUGUCCUCGUGGUUUAUCGCCAUGCCAUUGCCACUGCAGUCAUAGCUCCAUUUGCUCUGAUUUUUGAGAGGAAAAUGCAACCGAGGAUCACCUUCCCUGUUUUCAUUCAGAUAUUUGUCCUUGCCCUUCUUGGACCUGUGAUAGACCAGAACUUUUACUAUGCUGGGCUGAAGUUCACUUCCCCAACUUUCUCCUGUGCAAUGAGCAACAUGCUUCCUGCUAUGACAUUUGUCAUGGCUGUCAUAUUCCGGAUGGAGAAACUGGACAUAAAGAAGGUGAGGUGCCAAGCAAAGCUGGUGGGAACUGCAGUGACAGUUGCUGGGGCAAUGUUGAUGACCUUAUACAAGGGUCCUGUUGUAGAGAUGCUUUGGUCUAAGUAUAUCCAUCCACGUAAAUCCUUUGUGACUGAUACCACAGGAACGACUGACAAAGACUGGUUUAAGGGCUCCAUUUUUCUUAUCAUUGCUACUCUUGCCUGGUCUUCCUUGUUUGUUUUGCAAACGAAAGCAUUGAAGACAUACAAGAACCACCAGCUUUCUCUCACAUCACUUAUGUGCUUCAUUGGAACCCUGCAAGCUAUUGCCGUGACAUUUGUGAUGGAGCACAAGCCCUCUGUUUGGGUAAUUGGCUGGGACAUGAACCUACUUGCUGCUGCCUAUGCUGGGAUUGUGACAUCGAGCAUCUCAUACUAUGUCCAAGGAAUAGUGAUAAAGAAGAAAGGUCCAGUUUUUGCUACGGCCUUUAGCCCGUUGAUGAUGAUCAUUGUAGCCAUCAUGGGCUCCUUCAUCUUGGCAGAAAAGAUAUUCCUUGGAGGUAUUGUUGGUUCAAUCUUGAUAGUCAUAGGCCUGUACUCAGUCCUGUGGGGGAAGCACAAGGAGAAAAUGGAGAUCGACCCUGAGACGAUACCAGAACCAGUAAAGGGUGUUCAAGGAAAUGGCAAUUCAAUGCUAGUGGUAGAAGAUAUUGAAGCAAAUGAAGUUAAGUUGCAAAAAGCAGCACCCGCCAACAGCAAUUUCUCUGCAACGGCCAUGAGCAUGCCCAUGGCCCUAGUACCAGGCCUUCCAAUCAAAGAGAACCAGGAGCCAAGAGCCUGAUGAUAUAUGAUUUGAUAAAUGGCCGGGGGUUGGCAUUAUUUUUUUGUCCUUUUUGAAUCCCCCAUUUUUGUUAUGAUCUUUUUUAAAGUGAUAUAAAUUUGGGGUUUUGUCGUGUUUCUUCUUCUUCUUUGUUUUCAUAAGAUAUUGUACGAUAAUUAAUGUUAGUGUUUAUCAUGAUCAUAUAAAUAUGAUAAGAGGUAGAUAA